GCUAGAGUGGGAGGGUCUCUUCUCCUUAGAGCGCUCAUUCCACAAGCUGGUCUGCACUUGGCGGAUUUAUUUUCAUUACUAAAAUUUUACUCUAGUGCCUUCUGCCUCAGGUGGGCCCUUGCUUGGUGUGCCCAUCUUUUAAGUGCAAGAACAACGAACAGGCAACAUGAGUGAUUGGAAUGCCUUCCACCAACUCCUAGAAAAGGUUCAACCCUACUCCACAGCUGGAGGAAAGGUAUGGAUCAAGGUCCUUUUCAUUUUCCGCAUCCUGCUCUUGGGCACUGCCAUCGAGUCAGCCUGGAGUGACGAACAGUUUGAGUUCCAUUGCAACACCCAACAGCCUGGUUGUGAAAAUGUCUGCUAUGAUCAAGCCUUCCCAAUCUCUCACGUGCGCCUCUGGGUCCUCCAGGUCAUUUUCAUAUCUGUGCCUACUCUCUUAUACCUGGCAUAUGUGUACUAUGUGGUUCGACAGAGUGAGGAGUUGAACAAGCAAGAGGAGGAACUGGAAGUUUCUCGUUUGAAUGGGGCCAGCGUGGAAAAGCACUUGCAGAAAAUUGCAGGAAAGCAGUUCAAGUGUGUCAGUGAAGAACAUAAUAAGGUGAAAAUGAGAGGCAGAUUGCUGCUAACCUACAUAGCCAGCAUCUUCUUCAAGUCUGUCUUCGAGGUGGCCUUCCUCCUGAUCCAGUGGUACAUUUAUGGAUUUACUCUGAGUGCCAUUUACAUCUGUGAACAGUCUCCUUGCCCACAUCAGGUGGACUGCUUCCUCUCUCGCCCCACAGAAAAAACCAUCUUCAUCCUCUUCAUGUUGGUGGUGUCAAUGGUGUCUUUUAUCUUGAAUGUCAUUGAGCUGUUCUAUGUCUUAUUUAAGGCUAUUAAGAAUCAUAUGAGAAAUGAGGAGGAUGAGGUUUACUGUGAUCCAGUUGAGCUACAAUGCUCUUCCCAGGUCUCUUCAUCAACUGUUCUCACCACCAUAUCUUCUGGAGAUCAGGUGGUUCCAGUGGGACUUUCUUCAGCCUAUGUUUAAAGUGUACAGAACCAUGUCAGUACAUGGUCAAAAGGGGGAGGGCAGGCAGGAAGUAUCCUUUCUGGCUUGUACUCAGCAUUCCCCCCCCAACCCCCCAUGAUGAUAAACAGAAUUCUCAGAGGGCUUUAGGUAGAGAGAAAAGCAAAGCAAAGAUACUGGACAUUAACAUUGUAGGGCUAUCUAACAGAACAGUAGCCUUGACUGUGCUAACAGCAGCUUCAUAACCUAGACAUUGUAACUUGUGCUUGAAAACAUUGUGAAAGUAAAUUAUCUUUUCCUUUAAAACACAUCCUCCAAUUUAUUGAAUAAUACAUAAUAGUUCUGUUAAUUUUGAUGAAUUUUCUUUUUCUCUUACAUACUAUAACAGCAAUCCUAUUGCUGAAACAGACAACAUAUUUUCCUUCUCCAAGGUAGAGUUAUACUUAACUAAAUCAAUUAUACCGAAAACAGCUCUUAGAGGUAAACUAUGAAAUGUGCCUACAUGAACUUGGCAAUAAUAGGCAUUCUUGUCUUUGUUCUAUGUAAUGCAUAUUAAUUCAGAUCUUUCAUUCUGUGGUGAGUUUUGCAGUCUCAUGGGACGACUGGCUUUUUUCAUGUUCAUAUUAAGAUUUUAUUUGGAGAGCAGGAGAGGGUGAAAGGGGGUUUCACAACUCCUAUGUAAUUGACCUGAAACAUAUACAAGAAAAAGUCCCCAUUCCUUCUAAUACCUUUUAAAACAUUCCACAGGUGAUUUCAAGUGCUGAGCUGUAGAUUUUUGUUCUUACAUGGCAGCUCCACAUAAAAUUUUAUACAAGAAAUAUUAAUUUGGUUACCACUUGAUGUUAGGCUACCGUCAUGUUCAGCUUUAUUUCAUGCAAUGCAGGCUUAAUAUAUUUUGUUCUAGAGAAUUCUUUUUUCAAUAAAGCCUUUUGAGAGUGGUUCAUAUGUAUUUCUUCUCCAA